AUGUCACAUGUACGAGAAAUUUAUAUCACCUCAAAUAAUAUUGAUGCUAUUAAUACGGGAGCAUUUACUGGUCUUUACACAAUUGGAUGCUUAACUAUGAGUGAUAAUAAAAUUGGCAAUAUUUCGGGUCAUGCAUUUUCAUCUAUCGUUAAUAUUGGCGAGAUUAUUAUUGAGCGUAAUAAUAUACGACAUUUGGAAACGGAAGCUCUGUUAAGUGAAGCAUGGCGAACGAGAUUUCGGGAUAAUGUACUGUACUGCAGUUGUGUCAUCAAUUGGUUAAAACAUAUCAAUGAUUCAAUGUUGCUAAGGAAGAAUUUUUGUGGUGCAGAAGAAUUUCAUCGGUCACUGUCAAAUUACAGACCAAGUUGUCACCGGCCAAAGCGAGGACAAUCUGCAACAAUUGCUACAAGAACUCUUCAUUUCAUUAUUUUCUUUUGCUUAUUUAUUGUUAUAUUUUACACCAAAUCACUUUGA